AUGGCCGCCCCGGCCCCGGUCACGCAGCAGAUAAGCGGCCGCGCCGUUCCGGCGCCCGUCCCGAGCGGCCCGGAAUGUGGACAAAGCCUGGCUGACGCUGUGGCCGAGCUGCCAGUGCUGGACGCCUCCGGGAAGCGGGUGCCAUUCGGUGUGCUGUUCCGGGAGCGCCGGGCUGUGGUGGUGUUCGUGCGGCAUUUCCUGUGUUACAUCUGCAAGGAAUACGUAGAAGAUCUGGCGAAAAUUCCCCAGCGCUUCUUAGAAGAAGCAAAUGUCACUCUUAUAGUGAUUGGACAGUCAUCCUACCAUCAUAUUGAGCCUUUCUGCAAACUGACUGGGUAUGCUCAUGAAAUCUAUGUUGACCCUGAUAGAGAAAUUUAUAAAAGAUUGGGAAUGAAAAGAAGUGAAGAAAUUGCCUUCUCAGGACAGAGUCCCCAUGUGAAAUCAAAUCUACUCUUAGGAAGCAUUCGGAGCCUGUGGCGGGCAGUGACUGGUCCUCUGUUUGAUUUCCAAGGAGACCCAGCUCAGCAAGGAGGAACCCUCAUUUUAGGUCCAGGUAACGACAUCCAUUUUAUACACUGUGACAGAAAUAGAUACGAUCAUAAACCCAUCAACUCUGUUUUACAGCUGGUAGGAGUUCAGCUUGUCAACUUUACCAGUAGACCUUCAGUUAUCCACGUGUGA